GCGGCGCCUAAUGGUGGUGAAGCACAGGCAGGUCUUGGGGCAUGCUGCGCGUGGUCUCUUUCACCGGCGAGCAUAUUUUUGAAGCCGGCCCAGAGGAUGCGGAGAUUCUGGCGACGGAGAGCUUGGCACCAUUCAUUAAGCGACAAGUUCAAAAGAAGAGGAAUGUAUCAAUCUUUUGCCAACGACUGCUCCAUCAUGAUCACAUCAUUACAGAUGGUGAUAUGUGGCAAGAUUUGGGCCGGCCCCAGGAGAUCCAAAUAAUGUUUGCCCACUACGUGAACGAUUACGCUGAUCAACUCUUGGGAGCAGCAUACGCGGGAAACGAAGAAGUUGCUCGCGAGGUGCUUUGUCAGCUGCAGGACCCCAAUUGCUUGGAUUCUCAGAAGGAGUCCCCUUUGUGGAAAGCCUGUGCAGCUGGUCAUGUGAGCUUGGCUCAACUACUCCAUUCAGCAGAUGCAGAUCUUGAGAGUCGCGAUGUGCACGGGAAAACGCCACUGGCUGCCGCUGCAGCCAACAACCACCUGGAAGUCACUCAUUGCUUGGUCCAUGCUGGGUCCGAUGUCAACGCUUUAGACCAUGAACGCCUCUCGCCAUUGCUAUGGGCCACGCAGAAUGGCCACUUGCAGGUUAUGCGGUCACUGAUCGAUGCAAAGGCUGACAAGGAUGCAACGAAUGACCGGCAGGAAACCCCUUUGUUUCUGGUUGCAAGCAAUGGCUAUGCGACCGCAGUGCGAGUGCUUACUGAAGCAGGUGCUGACAAAGAAAAAGCAGACGAAUGCAACUACACGCCAUUGCAUAUUGCAGCAGAGAAUGGGCAUUUGGAAGCUGUUCAUGUGCUCAUUGAAGCUGGUGCCAGCAUAAAUUCUUGCACGCGAUCUGGAGCCACUCCUUUGUUUGUGUCGGCCAAGCGAGGCCACCUGAAGGUGGUCAGCCUUCUGGUGGAAUCUGGGGCGGAGAAAGACCAGCCUGCCAUGGAGGGUGUCACUCCUCUCUUUGCUGCAGCCUUCUCUGCUCGUUUUGAGGUGGCACGAUUCUUGGUUCAGGCUGGAGCUGAUCGGAGCCGCCGACCAAGCCCUAACUUCGACCUUCAAACUCUUUGGUCCGGUGACAUUUGACCAAUGUUGACCAAUGUUGACCUGUUCACCAUGCUAAAUCUUAAUCUGUUUCAAUUGUUUUGCCCUCUGAACCUUUAGUUGGCUAUCGCAAUCUGUUUGCGACGCUGCCACGUAGAAUUUUCGCUUUUCGGCCAAGCUCAAAGAGCACUCCUGACACACGACAGUGUCACGUCCUGGCGUCUCGCGCAUUUUGAGAAAA